CUCUUCUCUUUUAGGUCGAGACAGUGCAAUUGCGUUCAUCCGAAAUUUUAAACUCAAGAAUAGCAUCAACCAGUACGAUUUUCAAUAUUAUAAAUUGCACGGAAAUGUUAAGAUUUUCUCUGGUAACAGAAGAGUCAACCAGGUUGUUUACCGAAAAUUCGAACACGCCAUCCAAGCACGUGUCAUAAGACUUGAAGUUGUCAAAUAUUACGGCAGACCUUGUUUACGAUUCGAGUUAUACGGUUGUAUUAACACCAGUUUGACCACCACCCCUACGGAGAGCGGCCCUACAACAGUGACAGGUGGUGUUAAACGUUCUACACAAACGACUAAAGGUAUUCUUGUUUGUUAUGUUCGUCUGUUUGUUUGUUUGUCGGCUAGAAACGUCUACUGAGCCGUCGCAAAAAUAGAAAUCAAAUAUACAACGGAAAUUUCUGCCAACCAAUCUAAAUGCUCAAAAUUAUUCCGCUUAGCGGAAAAAAGGCGUUAGAUCUUGUCUACAAUUUAGGAUGAGAGGAGAAAACAGUGUAAGCAUAGCUUUUGACACCAGUUCAGAAAAAAUAGAAUUUAAACUCCGAUUACUUUUUUUCUUCUUCUAACAGCUAAGUUAACUGUUUUACGUAUUAACCAUCAUCGUUAUUAUUGUUUUUUCUUUGGAUUUCCCCAUUCUUUCGUAAGAUUUGUUGUUUUUCAUUUCCCUGAUGAACUUCCCAAUUUAGUUUGAAAUUAAGCAAGUUAUCAAAGGCUAUCAUUUGUUAAGUCAACCACCCAUGAACAAAAAUUCUCCAGCAUCAAAAAAUGAUUUUACUCUAGUCUUCUUUCCAUCAAUGUGCAGCAGUUUGUUUCUGAUCAAUUUUAAGACUUGAUUAAUUGGAACUUAAGAGGUAAAAAUGUCCCACUUAUUGAUUUUGUUUGCGUAUAUCAGAAUUUAACUUGUGAGGAGGACCCUGCCAACGUUCUACAGUCGAUCAACACACAAACAUAGUACAAUGCUUCACAAUUUUUUUAAUGCAAUGCAUUCAAAAUCCUUCUUUUUUGUCUUCUACACUUUGAAGUCAUUGCACUCAAGUCCUAUUUAAGCAAUAUUUUUUAGUUGAUAAGAUCAAAAAAUUGGUCUUACUAAGCGCAAGUCCAGCUUAUCAAGACUAGAUCAAUGGUACCAAUAUCUAAUUAGCCCCACUUAUUCAAACUGCGAAAUAAUGUUCCAAAAACACAUCGAACAUUAAUAUAUUUAUCUAACUUGAGUUCGCCUUUUACAUACAUUUGAAACAGGCUUCUAUCAAACAAUGUUCUACAUUGCCGUUUUAGUCACGACCAAAACAGAAAAUCAAUUCGACGAUCUAUCUACUUAUGAAGAUGAUAAAGAGAGUGUAACUGAUACAUCAAGAGAAAGUUCCAUGCUGAUGCAGUCACAAACGUCGCAAGAUUCUUUAGAAACACUAGAUGACAAAAAUAUUCCAAGUGACUUAUUAGAAGAUGAAAAUGCUUCUCCAGAAGGAAACGUCAAAGAAGACAUGAAUGGCUACAAAGAAAAAUUAGGGGAAGAGACAAUGGGACAAAAGGAAAAAGAAAAAUCACUAGCUUCCAUCAAUUCUCGAGCUAAUAAUAAAAAUAUCUACAGUGAAGUUGAUCAAUCUAGAAAAAAUAGGCGUAAACCUUUUAACAGAAAAUUUGGUCACAAAACAAGAAAACUGCGACAAGGAUCUAUAAACCCAGUUGGUGUUACAGCUCCCGUAAAAAAACGCAACUGCACAACGAAAAAGCCAUAUUGCUUCGCUCCAAUAGGUAGCCUUACAAUUUUUUUAACAUGAUUUUAUUUAAACGG